AGAGUUAAUGUGUCCCCCCUGGACUACAUUUCCCCUGGCACCUUGGUAUAGUUUACAGGCGGCUUGGUCCCCUCUGGCAUGGCUGAUUUGUAUGGUGUGGUGUACUGGCAGAAAAGGCAAGAAACACCAUGGAUACAGCUAGUCACAGUCUAGUCCUCCUGCAGCAGUUGAACAUGCAGCGUGAGUUUGGUUUUCUCUGUGACUGUACAGUUGCAAUAGGAGAUGUUUACUUCAAGGCCCACAGAGCAGUGCUAGCUGCUUUUUCAAACUACUUUAAGAUGAUAUUUAUUCACCAGACAAGUGAAUGCAUAAAGAUUCAGCCUACAGAUAUCCAGCCAGACAUAUUCAGCUAUCUGUUGCACAUCAUGUACACUGGAAAAGGUCCAAAGCAGACAGUCAACCCCAGCCGGCUGGAGGAGGGCAUUCGAUUUCUCCAUGCAGACUACCUUUCCCAUAUUGCAAUUAAAAUGAACCAGAUACUUUCCCCAGAGACGAUGCAGUCUUCAAACUUAUAUGGAAUUCAGAUCUCAACCGCACACAAAACAACAAAGGUAGGUCUUGGAGCAAAAGAAAAUCUGACAAAUGCCAGCAACAGGUCUGCUAACCAGGGCGAUCACCCACAGUUACAGCUGUCACUUGCCAUUGGACUAGAUGACGGUACCCUUGAACAACAGAUCACCCAUCCUUCCACCCAAGCAGCUGGGGCUGUCAAACCAGUGGAGGAGCUUCAGAAAUCAUCUGUGUCUAUAAAGCAGGAGAAAUGUGACCCCGAGCCAAUGGUGUCCCAAAGUCACACGUCGCCCUCUCCAGAUCUUUCUAAAACUAAUCUCAACAUGCAUUUAUGUCAUUACUGUGGGGAGCGUUUUGAUUCCCAUGGCAAUUUGCGGGAACACCUGCACACUCACGUCUCUGGCUCACUUCCCUUUGGCGUCCCAGCCUCCAUCCUGGAGAGCAAUGACCUUGGUGAAGUGCAGCCUAUUACUGAAAAGGGGGAAGCUAUUGAAAGUCACCGGCUUGGUGCCUUCCUAAUGAAAGAGAAUGAGCAUCCAUCAGAACAUCCAAGCCAUAGUAACGCAGAGCCGUUACAGUACGGACAGUUGUCGCUAAUCUCCAAAGACACUGAGCCUGUGGAGUUAAACUGCAACUUCUCUUUUUCAAGAAAGAGAAAAAUCAGUUGCACAGUCUGUGGCCAUAAAUUUCUCCGAAAGAGCCAGUUGCUGGAACACAUGUACACACACAAAGGGAAACAGUACAAAUACAACCGAUGCCAAAGGUUUGGUAACCCAGUAGCCCACAGGUUUCAUCCUUAUUGUGACAGUUGGUCUGACUGUACAGUAAAAUGUUCCAGGCUCUCUCAAGAUCACCUAGAUUCAUCAUGUGCAGUGGAGUCUGAUCUUGCUCCAGAAAACGUUGAUGCAAUCCUCGUAGAAUAGCUUUGUACGUUGCCUCUGAUGAGCUGAAAGCGUGAAUGCUUCAAUUUGUUUGUGUCCUUCCAUUUUGCUGAAUGUUCUGGGUACUCUUCUGAAGUUUUCUCUUUGCCUAACAGCUCUGUCUUCAGCGAGAUGAGACUGUAACAAUUAUGUGUACCCUUUUACUUGGAUAUUUAAACCUUAAAAUCCAAGUUGAUUAGAGAACAAGCUAUUUGUUGGCGGUGUCCAGAUAACUUAGAUCCAUCUUUCAUAAAUGACAACUUAAUUGGCCUGUGUUACCCAAGAUGAGAUUGUAGAAGUUAGUGAGUGUGGGGUUUAAACAUCUAGUAUACUGAGCAGAACUUUAGGACUGUGUGUGUGUCCUUAGAAUUAUUCUGAAACCAAAGUGAGUGGAAUGUGUUCAGAGGAUUUUACUUUUCUUGAUUAGUUUAAUAUCAAUUCCCUAGAAAGAGAGACUAACCCGAAGUACAGAGGACAGGUGGGAAAUGAACAGCACAUAAACCUCAGGAUGUUCCCUUUUGCUGGUAGUCCCAUGGGGUUGAUGUAGAGACAGUGGCCCUGGUUCAGCAAGCGUUUGCAGUCCCAUUGACUGAAUACAUUCUUUAAGGGCUUGGCUACACUGGAGAGUUGCAGCGCUGGUGGUGGGUUUACAGUGCUGCAACUUAGUAACUGUCCACACCUGCAAAGCACAUCCAGCGCUGCAACUCCCUGGCUGCAGCGCUGGCUGUACACCUGGUCUGCUUGGGGUGUAACGAUUGCAGCGCUGGUGAUGCAGCGCUGCUUAUCAAGUGUGGCCACCAAAAGUGCUGUUAUUGGCCUCCAGGGUAUUAGGAGGUAUCCCAGAAUGCCUGCUCACAACAAACCAGAAGAAUGGCUGAACUCCGAGCUCCCCCGAGCUGCUUUUCUGAAAAACAAACACAGCUCCUGUUUGCUGGAGCGAGUGAGAGGAGGCAGGCAGGGGAAUUGCUUUGGAAGGUUCACAGCUGUUUGCUUGAAGAGAGAAGUCACAUGGCAGAGGGGGAGGGGGGAGUCCAUGUUGAGCAGCUGCUUAUGUGGACUGAAGGCUAUUUAGGAGUGCAUAAUUUGCAUUUAGUGAAUAAGAGAGGGGUGGGGGAAGGGCUCGAAACUUUUAAAUUGAUUGCAGGUUGGUGAUGUGUAUGUUCUAGUCCUUAGAACUUGCAAGGCAGGGAGCUGACAGAUCCAAAAAUCCACACUCUCUCUCUCCCCCACGUUCCCCCUCACCCCCCUUUUUUGAAAAGCACGUUGCAGCCACUUGAAUGCUGGGAUAGCUGCCCACAAUGCACCACUCCCAGCAGCGCUGCAAAUGCUGCAAAUGUGGCCACACUGCAGCGCUGGUAGCUGUCAGUGUGGCCACACUGCAGCGCUUUCCCUACACAGCUGUACGAAGACAGCUGUAACUCCCAGUGCUGUACAACUGUAAGUGUAGCCAUACCCUUAAUGUGACAUCUGCUUAAGUGCUUGCUGCAGGAGGACUAAUGUGCAUCCUGCCCCAUUCCAAGCCCAGCAGGCCUCCCCCUGCUUGAUCAGUCCUCUCCACAAAUGUGGAACCAAAUCCUACCGAAGUUCUUCAAAGGGUCCCAUUAAUGAACCUUCCUCUGUAAGAUGGAAUGAGAUCCAGGUGAAGAGUCUACUCCAAGAGGAUCUAGGGCAGUAGUUCUCAACCAGAGGUCUGUGGACCCCCUGCCCUUUCAAGGGGGCUGUGGGGCCCCGCAGCUGAAGCCCUGAUCCCUGGCACCCCCUGAUGGGCUGAAGCCGGGGGAGAUGCAGGGUUGAAGCCCUGAUUCCUGGCCGGUUCUCCCCACCCCGUGGUGCUGAAGAUGGGAGGUGUAGGUCUGAGUCCCAGAGCCCCAGUGAUCCCUGUGGAGCAGAAACCCUGAGCCCAUGGUGGGCAGAGUUGGAGACAUGAAGGGCAUUGCCCCCUCCCACCCAAACUGCAGUGCGAGAUCAAGGCAGUCCCGGGGGCACCUCCACACCUCCCCCAAGUCCCCUCACCAUCUCCUUUCCCCGUCCUCUGGCCAGGUUGGAGGUGGGAAGCCAGAGCCAGGCAGUGUGGGGCAGCUGCUGCUCUGGCUGGUGCCAUGGAGCAGGCAGCUGCAACGUUCCUUCCUCUCCUGCUCAUGCCCCAGGUUGAAGCUGCUCAUCAGCUCCCACCCUCGUUUGCUCCUGCAGAGAAGCCGGUGAGAGCCCCCUGGGUGGGGAGACCCAGCUCCAUGGUUGGCAGACCCUUCCGGGAACAGGGACAGCAGGGGAGUCCUCCCAGCACACAGCCCCUAAUACUCCUCCCUACACCCUGAGCCCCUAGUGCCCCUCUCCCUGCCUGCACACAGCCCCUAGUUACCCCUUCCCUGCACCCUAAGCUGUUUUCAAACUUUUUGAGCUAAGCCCCCCACCUUUGAGUUAUAAUUUAAAUAUAUAAACUCCCUCCCUCCCUGGACCCCACCAUGCAGAGGUGGCUUGAGCCCCGAUGACCCCUGCCCCCCCCAAAUAGACAUCAAACUACACCUAUUCCCAAGGCCCCUGCCCCGAGAUUCCUCCCCCCAUCCCUGCAGGGCCCUGGAGUUUUUAUAGCCUGUCAAGGGGGGCCUCAGAGAAAUUUUGAGAACCCCUGAUUUAUUGGACCCCAUCUCUUAAAUAAAAAAUCCUUUUCCCUACUGUAAGUUAUUUCUACAUAUGAACAACUGUGAAUAAUAUGUUCCUAACUGCUAGGGUGAUGUGAACGUUAAAAACCCAUAGAUAAGGAACAUUCUCUCUCCUUGGGCUCUUCUACAACAGUAAUACUGUUUAAAUAGAAUUGUUUUAUGCCUUUGUUAUCAUUUCCUGCAUAUCUCAAAAAUGUGUUCUUCCAAGUCAGUUACAAAUGUGCAUUCACAUUCAUUCUGACCUCAGGUUAAUAUUUUGCUCUUCUAUAGCGCUAUUACAUCUGAGCAUCACAAACCACUUCCUGCAAUGCGGGGUAUAAGGAGCACCCUUGGGGCGGGGGUGGGUUGGGGGAGGGGAAUCAGCCAACAGCGAAAUGGAGUAAUUCUGAUAUAAAGAACAAUUUUUUUAAAUGUACUGAAUAGAUGCUGCGAGCUGCUCCACUCUGCUGCUCAAAAAAUGUUAGACACUUUUCAAAAAAUGUGCGUUAAGACUAGCAAUGAAAGCCUCCUAUCUGUUGCCAUGGGAUUGCAUUACUAGAAUGCACAGUGAUGGGGAAAAUCUUUGAACAAUGGUGAGAAAAAUGCCUGCCAAUAUUCCUGGUCUUUUGAAGUCAGUAGAUUUCACUUGGCUCCACUGAGAUUGGAUCAGGCCCAGAAAAAAAUCUGAAAUCGAAACAGUUUUGAAUUGCCAAAGCAUCGUAUGCUAAUUAUUUUUAGGACUAAGCUCAUCUUGAUUUGAUUUCUUUAUAUUAUACUCAGCAGAGAAGCCAAGAGCUACAUGGACAGAGACUUGACUUUUCUUAGAGGUGUCCUCUGCACACCAGGGUUGAAGCACCUUCCUAAAGUGAUACAGGGAUGCUCACGCGGCUGUUUCUUGUCGUUUGAGCCUCUUUCGCGAACACUGGCACUUAGAAAAAAAUGACUUUGAAUGGUUAGCCAAGCCAAUUUCUACUUUGUUCCCCCAGUGCAAUUUCAACCUAGGAAAAAAGGUGUGGUUUUAACGUUAGUUUAUAUGCGCUAAAAUACUAAUGUAGACAAGGCAAAGUGUAGCCCUAACAUGUAUUAGCUGGUUAAGCUAAACCUUAGCCUCCUGACUAGAGUUUACCUCAACUAAUUAACGUGUUUUAAACAGUAGACUAUGAAAACAUAACCAAGGAUUGAUGACAGUAGGACAUGCAGACACAAAAUGCUACAGGAAAGAACAAACUAGGAUUAUUUCUUAUAUGUUGUGGUCUUUAGUUGUGCUAAGUGUAAUUUUUUUAAACGUUGCCGGAAGGAUACUUAAAUGGGAAUAAUGAAACGGAGCAGAAGUCACUGCAUGAGUUAUCAGCUAGCUGUGAUGUAUUUAUAUAGUAGUAGUGACUGUAUCAUAUUGAAUGUGAAGAGGAAUUUACUUUCUGAAAUUAGUAAGUAACUGUUUUGUGUUCAUGCGUAUGUGUAUCUUUUAAAACUAGUGAGCAUAAAAACUUAAAUGUUCUUCGAGUGCUCGCUCAUGUCCAUUCCAUUGUAGGUGUGCAUACGCUGACAUGCAUGGUCGUUGGAGACUUUUGCCUUAGAGGGAUCCGAGGGUUGGCUGUGGUGCCCUCUGGAGUGCCGCACUCAUGCCGCGAUACAUCAGGUGCCACCAUCCCUGCGCCCUCUCAGUUCCUUUUUACUGCCUGUGGUGGUCAGUCGGAGUGCGUCUGUCCCUUUCUUGCAAGUGGCCAGCGGUUUCCCUUCUACCUUAGCCUGGUGCUUCUAGCUGUAAAUAGUUAAUUGUUUGUUAGUUAAGUACCUGUUAAGUGUUCUGUUCUCUGCAGGACAGGGACAAGAGCUCCCCGUCACACACCUUCCUCAUUCCGUGGUCGGGAGCGCUGAUGUACGCCUUCCCGCCGGUGCCAUUGAUCCACAAGGUCUUGCUCAAGGUGAAGCAAGACAAAGCGGCCGUCAUCCUCAUAGCCUCAGCGUGGCCUUGGCAACACUGGUUCGGCAUGCUGCAGAGUCUGUCGGCAGCCACCCCACUGCAGCUACCGCUUCGGCCGGAUCUCCUGUCCCAGAACCACGGCAAUCUGCUGCAUCCGAACCUGGCAAUGCUGCACUUGACAGCCUGGCUGUUGCAUGACUGAGUGGGGAUGAGCGGUGGUGUUUCACUGGUGUGCAGCAAGUCCUGCUAGUAGCAGGAAAUCCUCUACCAGGCCUACCUAUGUGGCAAAGUGGAAGCAGUUCACGUGUUGGGCUGCAGAUCAUCACACUUGUGCAACGGAAGCCCUGCUGUAGGACAUCCUGGACUAUUUUGCUGCACCUUAACCUCCAGGGCUUAUCGCUUUCUUCAGUCAAGGCACACCUGGCGGCCAUUUCAGUGUUCCACCCUCUGUUUCAAGGCAGGUCAGUCUUCACCCAUCCCAUGACAGCAUGGUUCCUGAAAGGCCUGGAGCGCCUUUACCUGCAUGUCCAAGGAGCUGGUUCCCUCUGGGGACCUGAACCUGGUGCUGUCAAGGCUCAUGGGUCUCCCCUUCGAGCCUUUGGCUUUCUGCUCCCUUCUGCUUCUCUCCUGGAAGGUCUCCUUCUUAGUCGCUAUAACUUCGGCCCGAAGGUGUUCAGGGUGUUCACAUCAGAACCGCCUUAUACAAUCUUCUGUAAGGACAAAGUCCAGCUGCAUCCACACCCGACCUUUCUGCCGAAGGUCGUCUCCCAGUUCCAUACUGGUUGAGACAUAUAUUUACCGGUCCUUUGCCCUAAGACUUUGCCAUCAGAUGAGGAAUGCAGGCUGCAUACCCUGGAUGUCAAGCAGGUAUUGGCCUUCUACACAGAUAGAACGAAGCCGUUCUGUAAGUCAGUGCAGUUGUUUGUUGCUGUCACAGACGGACUGAAGGGUUGCCCAGUGUCUACCCAGAGAAUAUUUUGGAUCACUGCCUGCAUCCGCUACUGUUAUGGGCUGGCAAAGGUGCCCCGGCCAGCAAUCGUGACGGCUCAUUCAACUAGGGUGCAGGCAUCCCUGGCAUCCUUCCUCACUGAAGGGCUGAUCCAAGAAAUUGUCGCGCUGCAACCUGGUUGUCCGUCUACAUAUUCACUUCACACUAUGCGCUGAUCCAGCAAGCCCAAAAUGACACGGGUUUCAGCAGAGCUGUGCUCCUAUCUGCAAGACUCUGAACUCUGAGCCCACCUCCAAGGGCACUGCUUGUGAGUCACCUAGAAUGGAAUCGACAUGAGCAAGCACUCAAAGAAGAAAAAUGGUUACCCACCUUUUUGUAACUCUUGUUCUUCAAGAUGUGUUGCUCAUGGCCAUUCCAUUACCUGCCCCUGUCAGAGUUGUAGGCAAGACGGAACUGAGAGAGCAUAGGGCUGGUGGCGUCUGAUAUACCAUGGCAUGAACGCGGCACUCCAGAGGGUGCCACAAGUGGCCCUACGAGUACCACUAAGAGUCUCCGAUGACCAUGCAUGUGGGCACACGCUGUACAGUAGAAUGGAUAUGAGCAACACAUCUCGAAAAACAAAAGAUAGGUAAUCGUUCCUUAUUUUCUGAAGGGCUUACUGGUGUGUUCUCCAGUUAACCUUCCUGGUACAGUCAUCUGUGGCUUGAAUACAUUUAACUUCUUUGAAAUGUUAUAUACUUUACAAAAGGGUUUCCCUUGAGUAUUUCUAUAGAAAGUCUUUUAUAUACCACCAUGAGUCAUGCAGUAUGUGUAAAAAUUAAUGAUUUAAAAAA